GAUGCGAGGAGAAAGUGAAAAGGUCAAUAAGGCUGAUGAGAACGUGGCUAAAGCGGUUGCUUAUGAGUUUAAAGUAAUAAUAGUCGGAGAUCCAAAAGCUGGGAAGAGCAGCCUUGUACAAAGCUACUGCCAAGGAAUAUUUAAUAAAACUUAUAAAGCUACCGUCGGCGUUGAAUACGCUGAACGCUUGGUUGAAGUUGAAGGCAAAUUGAUAAAGUUAGCACUAUGGGAUAUAUCGGGCCAAGAGAUGCUGCUGAAAAUUUCCGACAAGUAUAUCAAAGAAGCAGACGGUUUGAUUUUCGUCUAUGAUGUAAGCGAGGAAUCUUCAUUCAAUUCAUUUCCAAUUUGGAUGAGAUAUGUUUCUCAGCAUCUCGGAGGUAAUAGCUCUUUAUUAAAACUCCCAAAAGCCGUUGCUGGUAAUAAAAUAGAUCUACGUCAUAAACAAGUUGUCGCGCAUUCUCACGCCAAGGAAGUAGCUAUACCCGACGGUGUUGAUGCCGACCAUGUGAUAGAAGUCUCUGCAAGAAGUGGAAAGAACCUAAAUUUGCUAUUCUAUCUACUCACAAAUCAGAUGUACAGACUGUUUGCAAACGGAGGGAUUAGGAGAAUAGGAAAAACGUCUAUACCAGCCGAAGGUCAAGCUGUAUUCGAUGAAGAGAUUUAUAAACAUUCGAUAGACGGCUCACCGUCGUCUAGAGAUGGUAGCGAGUAUAGUCACGUAUUUAAAAUACUCUUAUUAGGGGCGUCCCGAGUAGGAAAGACGUCUCUCAGAUUUCGAUUCUGCCGCGAUUACUAUUCAGCUGAAUAUUUUGCAACUGCCGGUUUCGAAUACGGAACGAGGACAGUUGCAAUCGACAACGUUAGGGUCCGUAUUCAAGUUUGGGAUGUUGCGGGUGACGAUGUUUACGAUUCAACACGAAGAGGCUAUUACAAGGGAGCGAACGCUUUUAUAAUCGUUUACGACGUCGGAAAUAAAUCUUCGUUUACUAAGGCCGAAAACCUCUUGAAAGAACUAGACUUGUACGGACAUUCCGAAGCCCCUAAAAUUCUAGUUGGAAAUAAAUCAGAUAUUGGAGGUAAAAGAAAAGUUGGAUUUUGUGCGGCAGAAGAAUUUGCCGCUGGUUGGCGAGUUCCUUUAUUAGAAAGCAGUGCCCAAACUGGGCAUCAAGUAGAUGCUGCUUUUAUGAAACUGGCUAUUGCCUUAAAAAGGCAACUAGCUCCAUGGAAAAAACUUUAUGAUUUUUCAUAA